AUGGAAGGUGAAAGCAUCAAGGUGGAAAAGCAGAUGAAGUAUCUGGGGGUGAUAUUAGAUCACCGUCUGACAUGGCUACCACAUGUUAAAGCUAUGAGGAAUGUAACAACAAACUUAUUUAAUGCAUUGGCAAGGGUUGCUAAGGCUCAUUGGGGCCUAAGCACAAAUGCUUUAGCCACAAUAUAUGAAGGGGCAUUUAUCCCCAAGAUAACGUAUGCUGCUGGGGUGUGGUAUGCGGCAGCACAGAAGGUUGUAAUUAAGAAACAAGUACGGAGUGCGCAAAGGAUGGCUCUGUUGAGGUUGACAAGAAGCUUUAGAACGGUGUCAACAGAUGCGUUACUAGUAAUUGCUGGAACGCCACCCAUAGACCUGGUGUUAAAGGAGAAGGCAAAUUGUUAUAGGUGGAGAAGAGGAUUACCUCUGAUACUAGAUGACCAGAUGGAAAGUAUGGAAUACGAGACAAAACCAAAGGCUACAAUGCUACCCAAGUUAUAUCAUAGAAUGGCCAUAAUGACAGCAGCAGAAGGGGAAAGUAGUGAAAUAAACAUUUAUACGGACGGGUCGAAGGUUGAAGACCGAGUAGGAGCUUCCUUCUUGGUCGAAAAAGAGGAUAAAAUUAUACAUUACGAGCAGUUCCGGUUGGAUAACCGCUGCUCGGUUUACCAGGCGGAAUUAUUGGCUUUGUUACAAGCAGUAAAAUGGUGUGCCAGUAGUCAAAACUUAAGCUCUAUAAUAAUAAAUACAGAUAGCAGGGCGGCCCUGCAAACAUUGCAACAAUUUACAGAUACAAACCAAAUGGCUCUAGAGAUGAAGACCCUAAUAAGGGUAAAUCAUUUACAGAUUAAGUUCAGAUGGGUUAAGGCCCAUAGUGGCAUUAGAGGAAAUGAAAGAGCAGACGAGUUAGCUAAGGAAGCUACACAGCUAGAAGAGAUUACGUACAGUAAAAUCCCAAUAUCAUAUGUAAAAAGGAGAUUAAGACAAAGUACAGUAGAAAUAUGGCAAGAAGAAUGGAGUAAUGGGAGGAAUGGUAGACAUACUUUUUGGUUGCUUCCCAGUGUUGAAGAACGGACUAGAGAACUUAGAUGGCUAACACCAAACUUCUAUUUAACUCAGCUUCUGACGAAUCACUGCAAUACGAAAGAUUAUCUCAAAAGAAUCAAUAAAGUGCAGGAUACCUUAUGUGUGUGCGGAAACGGGAUGCAUAGUCUGGAGCAUCUUCUGGAAGAGUGCAGUAAGUACGAACAGGAACGUCUGCAAUUUCAGCUGCAAGCGAAAGACGUCAUUCAUACAAGUGAGAUAGACCUUUAUAUGUGCCUCAGACACAGGGACUUAGUGCGGGAAUUGCAGAACUUCACGCGGAGAAUAUUGUCGUGA